GUAUUAAUUGAUGAUCUUAGAUGUUUUCCAUAUUUAACUGAAAUUUCCAUCGAAUCUAUUGAGCCAUCUGAGGAGUUUAUUUACUAUAAAUAUCCAACAGUUUCUAGAAUGACUAUUGUUUAUAAUAACAUAAAUCAAUUUACACAAAAAUUACCAGAUUAUGAUUAUAUUUUUAUAUCCUCUGAUGGAAUAAAAAAUUUAAAAAUGUCAUAUGUAGAGAAUGUCAAGAAUUUUAAGCAUCAAAGUUUGUCAGCAAAUACUAUUGUUGAGGUAGACAGUGGAGCAGAAAAUAAAAAUUUAAAGCAUUUGACUUUAUCCAUGAGUAAUUUCCCAGACUUUAGAGGUUAUCAAUUCGAUAGUGUUACAUUUACUUUUAGCAAUACAUUGAAUCUAUCAGAAGUAAUUACAAAUUUCCAAUAUUUAAAUGCUUCAAGUGCUCAAUUUACAUUUCCUUCAAACUAUCAAGUUCCUUUUUAUCUUCACUUAAACUCUUAUAUUAACUUUAUGAAUCACUAUAAUGGUAAGUUUCAAACACCAACUCAAUUCUACGAUAUAUCAAAUCUUGUCAAUUAUCAAUCUAUCAGUAUGGGUUUUGUUAGUGAGGAUUUCCUUUAUCAAAAUAAAAUUCCAUUUAAAGUUAGUCCAACCACAAAUCUUGCAUUUUCGUUAACUGUAACAAAUUCAUUAACAAUUAAACCUCAAUUACCUCCUAUUACCGAUGUUGGUUAUUUAAAAACUGUUAAAUAUGCAUCUAGUUACCUAUCAGGUAAUUUACCAGAAUAUAAUGGACAAGGUUCAGAAUACAUUUAUGAUAAUAACCAAUUAACAGGUACUAUACCUGAAUCAUGGUGCGGCACAGUUUUAUCUGUUGCAAAUAAUCAAUUAUCAGGUACCAUUCCAUCAUGUUUUUCUUGUUAUUUUAAUAGUACUGCUUCAAUGCCAUCAUCAAUAUCUCAACCAACCAAUUUCCUCUUUAUAACCACAAUGUAUGAUAGAUUUGCAGGUAGUACUAAUAAAUUUACAAAUUAUGAUAAGAAUAUUCCAUGUACAACUUAUAAACCACAAAUUAGAUACCAUAAUCAAACAACUAUUAUAAUUAGCGGAAAAGAUAUUGGUCACCAACUCAACCAUUAUUCUUUAUUUAACUUAGUUGAUAUUUACAGUGUGUGUAAAUCUGUCCCACAGGCAGUUAUUAGAUAUGGUUAUGAAUAUUAUUGUAAUCAAAUCUAUUCUUUGGAAAAUAUGCAGUCACUAACAUUAAAUAACAUUGGAAAUAAUUUACAUUAUACUUUUGCCUUAAUCAGUAAACCACCAACUUUUACAUCAAUUAUUACAACUGAAAAUAAUAAGGUAUAUGCAAUUGGUACAUUCUUCUCAAGUUAUUUAGGUCAAUCAGAACAAACUAUAACUAUUGCAGGCACAAAUUGUCAAGUUGCUAACACUGGAUUCACCGGCUUUACUUGCAUCACAUCAGUUACAUUAUCAUCAGAAAAACAACUAGUUGUAAUAAAGAAUGAUAAUCAAACUAAAAAAGUAUUUGCAGUUUUCGAAAACAAUAGACUCAAUAAUAAACAAUGUCCAAAUGAUUGUGUAGGCUCACCAUCAGGAGAUAUUUGCGAUUUAAGCACUGGCAAAUGUGAUUGUAAUACAAAUUAUAGAGGAUUAGACUGUUCAGAAUUAUACAUAGAAUGUCCAAGCGAUUGCAGCUUACACGGUCAAUGUAACACUAAUACUGGUAUUUGUCAAUGUAACUCCAACUAUAUUCAAGAUGAUUGUUCAGAAUUAUACAUCGAAUGUCCAAACAACUGCAGCUCACAUGGUCAAUGCAACACAAAUACUGGUAUUUGUAAAUGUGAUGCCAAUUAUAUUCAAGAUGAUUGUUCAGAAUUAUACAUCGAAUGUGCAGAUCCAACAUGUUCAUCCCAAGGUCAUUGUGAUACAUCAAAUGGUAUUUGUAAUUGUGAUAAUGGAUUCGGUGGUGACAAAUGUGAGUUCAAGUUAUAUCUCGAAUGUGUAGAUCCAACAUGUUCAUCUCAAGGUCGUUGUGAUACAUCAAAAGGUAUUUGUGAUUGUAACAAUGGAUUCGGUGGUGACAAAUGUCAGUUCAGUCAACACUAUAUUUCAUCAGUUAACCCAUCAAAUGAAAAUGGUGGUGAAGCAAGCUUCUAUGGUAGUUUCGGUGAACAACACAACCAAUUAUCAGUUAUAAUCGGAUCAAAAACAUGUCCAGUUACACACUCUUCAAACGAUUUAAUUAAUUGCACAGCACCACCAGGCAAAGGUAUUCACAGUGUCAAUAUCACUCAAAACAAUAUUGUUUAUAUUGGUAAAGAUAUUUACAUUUAUUCAAAAGUACCACAAAACAUAUUCGAAUGUCCAAAGAACUGUUCAUCACAUGGUAAAUGUAAUACAUCAAAUGGUAAAUGUGAAUGUUAUUUAGGAUAUACAUCAUUUGAUUGUGGAUCAAUAAUCGAUAGUGGAGGUAAAGAUAAUACAACCACAACUGAGCCACCAACAUCAAAUGUAGAUAACAGCACAGGUAUUGUAGAUAUUCAAAAUGAGAAAAUCAACUUUAAAAUCUAUCUCAAAUCAUUAAAUGAAAUAGAUAUUAAUAAUAAAAUUGUCAAGAGUUAUCCAUUAGUAUCAGAUUGGACAGUAAUCAAAACACAAUCAAACAUUUAUACAUUCAAACAAUCACCAAACAAAGAUGAAUUCAAAGUUAUAUCAACCAUCGAACAAAUUGAAAACGAUAAAUCAGUUUCAUUUGCAGGAAUUGACUUUUUACUCACCAAUAACUCAAUUAAAUUCACAGUUUCAAUUAAAAACUAUAAAUACCAAUCAUUCUUAAACACACUUCAACUCGAAAUGCAAUCAAACACAACCGAAUUAACCAAUGACGAUUGCAACAGUAAAGAAACUCAAUUAGACACUGAAAAUCUCAAAAAUCAAUAUGAUCUCAGUUAUAUCAAACUUUCAAAGAAUAAUGUCGAUUUUGUAGGUAGAUUCGUCAACAAAGUAGUAUCAGACUCGAAACCAACAUUCUUAACAACAUCAUACACCAAACUCAACGACUCAGUAACUAUCAUAUUACACUUACCACAUUGUGUCAAUGAAUGUUUAAUCGAUCCAGAUUUUUCAGUUUUACUAUCAUCAGACUUCUCAGAAUGCAAAUCACCAAAACAAAAUAUCAAAUGGCAAAUACCAGUUGGUGUUGUUGUUGGUGUUGUUGGUGCCUCUUGUCUUGGUAUCCUUUUCUAUAAAAGAAAAUCAGUUAUUAAAGUAAAUGGUAAAAAAAUUGAAAUGAAACCCACCAAAAAUAAUAUUUAA